UUAUUUCUAGGUUAACCCAUCAUUUGAACUCUCUAGCAGCAUUCAAAUGAGAGAAAACAGAAUGAAUGUGACUGAAUUCAUCCUCAUGGGACUGACACAGAACCCCCAGCUGCAGAGAAUUUUACUUUUGAUGUUACUUAUCACCUACAUUGUCACUGUCACAGGAAACCUGCUCAUUGUUGGGACCAUAGUCUGUAGCCAGACUUUGAACUCCCCAAUGUACUUCUUUCUGGCAAUUUUAUCUCUGAUAGAUGCAUGCUAUUCCUCUUCUAUCAUUCCUAAAAUGCUGGCAGAUUUGCUAUCAGAGACAAAAUCCAUCUCAUUCAAUGGUUGCAUGAUGCAACUUUUUGUUGAACAUUUCUUAGGAGCUUCAGAGAUUGUCCUACUUGUGGUCAUGGCCUAUGACCGCUAUGUGGCUAUCUGUAGACCUCUGCACUAUGUGACCAAGAUGAACCACCGCACUUGCUGUUUCCUAGCAGGGGUGUGCUGGAUAACGGGUUUUCUCCACUCUUUUGGGCAGAUACUUGUAACUCUAUGGAUUCCUUUCUGUGGCCCUAAUGUCAUGGACCAUUUUUGUUGUGACAUCUUCCCCCUACUACAACUGGCCUGUGCUGACACAUUCAUCCUUGGUCUCCUGGUUGCUGCCAAUGGUGGUGUAAUCCCUGUGAUCACCUUCACUAUACUGCUGAUGUCCUAUGUGGUCAUUUUGUGCUCCUUGAGGACACAGAGCUCUACUGGGAGGAAAAAGGCUCUUUCUACCUGUGGCUCCCAUAUCACAGUUGUGGUCUUGUUCUUUGUGCCAUGUAUUUAUACAUAUUUGCGACCAGUGACAACUUUUCAUCUGGAUAAAGCCAUAGCAGUGUUUUAUACACUUGUCACUCCCAUGUUAAAUCCAAUUAUCUACACUGUACGAAAUACAGAGGUUAAAAAUGCAAUUCGAAUGUUACUAAGAAAGAAUUCAAUCUUGGAUAAUAAAUGAUUUAAUAUGAAUAUUUCAUUUUUGUAUUCUUCCACAAUACUGCCUCUGAUAUAUGAGAAAUAAAUUUCUAGACCUUCAUUGUAGCCUAAAA